AUGGCAGAAAGACAUACUGUUUCAAAGGUGCUCUUUGGCCUCUUCCGUCUCGGAGAGUUCAUUAGUGCUGUCAUUGUUUUGGGCAUCCUCAGCCGAUUCACUUACUUGGCUAAUCUUGCUGACGUACAUGUCGAUGGCCGUAUUAUCUACACCAUGGUCACUGCCUGUCUUGGUAUUGUGUACACGAUCCUUACAUGCAUCCCUAUCGGUCCUCUCGUUAUCACCUUCCCAUUCGACACGGUCCUCUUCAUCAUGUGGCUCGUGGCCUUUUGCCUCCUGGAAAGUAGAACUGGCAUUCAUGCUUGCAGCUCUACUUGGUACAACAACUAUUGGGGCUAUUACUGGGGUCGAUGGUGGCGUACUGGCCCAGUCGGAGUUGUGCGUGUCAACAAUGCCGGCUGCUCCGAUUAUAGGACGGUUCUAGCAUUUUCGUUCAUUGCUUGUAUGAUCCAUAUUGGCAGUACCCUUCUAGGUGGACGCCUGUAUCGGGCAUGGAAGAAUCGCGACCGACAUCACGAGGUCGCUGACGUGCACGAAGAGAAACAGCGCCAUUUCUCCAGACUCAGGGGUCACAAAGGCGCGCCCUCAAAUGCGCCGGCCCCAACUCCGGUCUAG